AUGCAGGAAGAUCAAGUUAGCCAGUCUGAGUUCUCAGGCUUUGGCCGCCUGGAUAACCAGGCUGGCCACCGUCGUCGUGAUCGCCGUCAGUCGACCAGCACUGAGGGCCACCUCACCAACACCAGCAAUGACACUUGCCAGGAGCUUCGCGGCCCUACCGUGGGCCUCGCCGAUAUGCUAGCGGAGAUCAAUCAGGAGCGACUCGAGUUCGGCAAGGAGUCGCUUGAUGACCAGCAGGAGAUGCUCGCCAUCAAGGUCUUCCAAAGAGCCCAGAGACUCCCAAGAAGCAGCUCCACCGUCAUCCAUGAGAACACCAACGCUAGCCAGCCCGUCGACACCGCCAUCGAGGACUUUCUUGACCAGCAGAAGCACAGAGAGGAGGCCCAUGAGCUGAGGGAGAAGCGCCACGAGGAGCGGGAGAAGCGUCAUGAAGAGAGAGAGAAGCGCCACGAAGAGCGAGAGAAGCGUCGCGAGGAGAGAGCGGAAUGGCUGGAGUUUGAACAUGACGAUGAGUAUGAUCUCCUGAAGCUGCGCCUCGACGAUCUUGAGAAGCGCGUUGAUCACCUAGAUCGGGUCAUUUGGCUCUUCGCGGUCAUAGCCGGUCUUAUUGCCAUCAUCGACAUGGCCUUCAUCAUUGCGAUCAAGGAUGUCCGCCGCCGCGAGUAG